AUGUCUGAUGUUCCACCACUGACCCCCGCCGAGCUUGGGAGACUUGCAGGCCCAUUGCUUAUCGGCUAUAUCCUGAAUUGGGGCCUGUUCGGUGUCCUGUCGAUGCAAGUCUAUGUAUAUUAUUUGGCUUUCCCCAAAGACAGUGUAACGCACAAGACACUCGUUUAUGGCGCAUUCCUGUUGGAGGCUGCACAGACGUUUUUAUUCACAAGCAGUGCCUUCAAAACGUUUGCUACAGGGUUCGGGAAUCCCGCAGUCUUAGAUGAAGUUGACACACUAUGGUUCUCUGUUCCCAUCAUGAGUGGACUAGUUGCUUUCAUCGCGCAGGUGUUCUACGCGUAUCGUAUUACUGUGUAUUCUCGAACUAUGUAUUUGGCAGGGCUGAUCAUGCUGCUAUCGCUUCUUCAGCUUGGGGGAUCUAUUGCAAAUGGAGUUGACACUAAGAAAGCUGUUUUCUUUAGCCAUUUUUUGAAGAGGGACUCGUAUAUCACAGCAGGAAUCUGGGAAGGAGGAAGUGCGGCUUGUAACGUUGUAAUUGCCAUCGGCAUGACUUAUUAUGUACGAAUAUUUUCAGUCGUAAUCCCCAAAUAUUUCAUCCGCUCAUUUCACUUUGCCUAUCGAAAGCUAUGGAAGCAAGACAGUGUCACUAAGAAAACCAGCGCGCUCCUCACCAAAAUCAUCCGAAUGACUGUCGAAACAGGGACAAUAUCAGCUAUCCUAGCCAUUAUCACACUAAUCCUCACAUUCCUCCCUGGGCGGCCGACGUACUACCAAGCGAGCAUCAGCGUUCUGGGCAAGAUAUACGCCAACUCGAUGAUGGUCGCUUUCAACAGCCGGAUCGUAAUAGGCUCAGCCAACGCGACGUCCACCGCGCACGAGGUGCAUAUCCCCAUCCCGCUAUCCCAGACGACGAGAACGCGGGAGAUAGCUGUGGAUAUAGAGAUUACCCGAGAUUCGACGGCGCAUGAUGUGUUGGAUUCCCGCGUGGGAGAUGGCUCGCCUGCUCGCUCGAGGUUUUCCAGAGGGGUGGCGGAGGAGAAAGAAUUCAAAGGGCGAGGGGAUGAUAUAGAUGAAGAAGCAUUGACUCCAUUCCCUAGCGCUUCGAAACCGUAUACCAAAGUUCUGUACAGGCAAAGACACGUCCUCAUCUCAGCUAUUGAUGUCCGCCUGCGGUACCAUUUGGUGCUUUGGCAUGCCAGCAAAGAAAAUGUCGGUGACGAUGAUGACGACGUUGAUUCUGUGGCAGACGAGGAAGGUGGCACCGAAUAUACCUCAGAUUCGGACGCAGCACAAGAAAUAGAAGAUGAAAUUGAUGGAAAUGGAACUAGCUCGCUUUGCGGUUCAGGAUCAUGUGAUGAAGAAGUUACAAGGGGAAAGGUGAUGGAAAGCGACGCAGUCGGAGGGGAGAUGGAAAGUGGAGCAAUUGACCGUGGUGAUGUAGCUGAUGUUGAACUAUUACGAAUGUGGAGUGAGGCAGUGCGACGGGGUCGACUUCUAGUUGAUGUCGAAAGGGCCGAUGUGCGUGUUCGUUUGCGUGGGGGAUCCUGGUCCUGA